AUGCGCAUAUGUGUGCCUCUGAUCUUACUGGGUUAUGUUAUCCGAUUGGGGUAUUUUUUGUGUGACGAAAACAUAUGGCCUCAGGGGAAGCUGGGAACUCGACAUAUAAAGCCUAGGCGAUUUGAGGGGCUUUUGCAGCUUCUCUCGAGCUUGAGUCGUCAUGGGGGGAAGGUAUCACUUUCUUCGCCACAUGGGACAAGGGUGGUUAGAAAGGCGGCUCGCAAACUUACAAUUUCUCAUGAACUCCCAGGAAAAUACAAGCUUGACCUUGAAGUCCACCAUCGCGAAGUGAAACCGAUUUUCCUCACCAGAUUCAAAGAAGCCUAUACUUUCAGAACGUUCAACAGAAUCGUGGUUCGCAGUCAAGAUCAAUGCACGAAGGCGAAAUUUAGCCUCGAUCUAGGACAGGUGGUUCUAGAUCACCAGAGCCUUGCCGAACUCAAUGAUUUCGAGGACGAAGAGGUAUCUAUAUUUGAAACCUGGGGAAAGGGAAAGUACAAGAUCGACAUUGAUCUUUACCACCGUAAAGUCAAGCCGAAAUUCAUCGCCGCGUUCCAGAACCAAUAUGGUGCCAAGAAGUUCAAUGAUACGUGCGGCAAGAACCCCGAUUUUGAUAUCGACAAGGAAGGUUGGGUUUGGCCGAACGCUGUGAGAGGCAAGAGCUGUUCGAAGAAGGAUUAUAUUCUCGACUUGGGCGAUACAAUCGUUCUUGAAUGUCAGAAGGACCCCAACUGUCUCCGACUUAACGGCGAGCUUUCCGUCUUUGAAACAUGGGGAACAGGAAAUUAUAAAUUGGAUAUGGACGUUUAUCAUCGUGAGGUCAAGCCUAUUUUCCUGACAAGGUUCUUUUCGGCAUACGGUACCAAAUUUAACGUGAGAAGGUGCGGCAAGAAUCCCGACUUUAAAGUCGACAAAAAUGGAUGGGUGUGGCCUGAUGCAACCAAAGGAAAAAAUUGCUCAAAGAAGCGCUAUUUUCUAGAUUUAGGAGAGGUGAUUAUAGCUCAUCAACCCCAAGCCAUCGACGGAGAAGAGAUCAGUGACGAGUCUGUGAUUUCGCGUCUCGAGAAUGUUAUCAAGGUGUCCAAAUUGCAAGAUCUGGUGUUCUUCAUUCUCAACCGUGCAUAA